AUGGCAUCACCACCCCAAAACCCCAACCAAUGCGACAAAUGCAAAAAGACAUACCCCAACCAAGCCCUCACCCGCUGCAACACCUGCUUCACAAAAACCUGCCUCCGGUGCCAAUGCGAACUCACCGGCGGCCUCCACUCCCACAUCCACGACUGCUUCACCUUCCCCAACAACCCAGCCGUGGCCCUCAGACCGCUUCACCACCCAACCCUCGCGAUCCUCUCCCCGCGCAACGGCCUCGUCCAACCGAUCACAAGACCAUUUACGGCGCUCCUCGAACAGACAUGGCUGCUCGACCGUCCCAGCGAAGACACGUACCGCCUGCUCAUCGACUCGUUCCGCCUCCGCCUCCACGACUCGUUCCUCUUCGAGGGGGAGACAAAACCGGGCACAAUCUACAGCGGGUGCGCUGACUCGACGACCACGUUCGCGCAGUAUCUCGAGGUUGUGCGUAGGAGGGGUCUUUUGCCGAGUUGGUGGACGGGGGAGACGUUUCAGCAGUGCUGUGAGCUGGGUUUGGUGGGCGGGCAGUUUCACUCGCUGAGGGAGCAGCUCACGCAGGCGAUGGUGGUGGAUUACUAUCAGGAUGCGACGUUUCCGACGCAGUUGAGGCUGUUUGCGGAGGAUGUUCUGGGGAGGGGGACGUGUUUGAAGAGUUGUAGGGAAGCGUUGGAUGCGUUGGUUGAUAUGGAGGAUGGGGACGCGGCGGGGACGAGGAGGUUUGAUUGGAAUUGGUAUAAUACUGCUUUUGUGAAUCAGCGGUGGGAGAGGUUUUGA